UUAUAUUGGGCCGUGUUAGAGAUGUUGAGCCCUGUUAGGCCCAUGAUUACUUGUGAUGAACAACUUUCCUUACCAUCUCUGCUCUUCGUCAAGAACAAGCUACGAUUCGCUCCACAAUCAUCAAUCCCCCAAAAUGUCGAUGUCAUUCGCGACCUGCAAUCCCUUCCUCUCGUUCUCCAAAACCCUCUCCUCUACGACCCCUCUCUUUCUCCAUACGAAGUUCUCUCACCUCUCCCUCCAAACCUCCUCGAGGACCACCAUCAUCCGCAUGGGCGGCGGCCCCAGGACCUACCCGGGCGGAGUCUCCAAGUGGCAGUGGAAAAGGAUGCAGGCCAAGAAGGCCAAGCAGCUCCUUAAAGCCCGACUCGCCCGUGAGCGCCAAAUCUACGAGAUGCGCAAGCGAGCUGAGCUGAAAGCCGCUGUUUCGGAGCUCGAGAGGCCCUGGGAGGUCGUUGAGAAGGCGCCAGCACUGUUCUCAGUGCGAGCUGAUGAACAGGUCAAGGUUCUAGCUGACCGGUUUCAAAAACCUGGCGGGUUCGAUAUGUGGACCGAGAGGGAUGGACCGCAGCUGUUUGAAACCCCCGACGGGAUUCCCUCGGCGAGGUUUUUUCCCAAGGGGGUUGUGCAUAGUGUGAAACCUUAUGGUAAGGUUCUGGGACUUGUGGAUUCGGACCGUCAAAAUGAUAGCGAGAGGGAGAGCAAAUUAGAUGGUAGGAAUUUAUCUGUUAGGGGAGUUGGAAUAAAUGAGAAGAUAAAUGGUGGUGGAUACAGGAAGAAUGAAAGUAGCAGAAGGUCCCCUGAUGUGGAUGCUAGGAAUGGUUUGAGUGGAGAUGGAAGAAAUUUAUUUGUUAGCGGAGAUGGAAGAAAUGAGAAGAGAAAUGGUGGUGGAUACAUGAAGAAUGAAAGUAGAAGAAGGUCCCCUAAGUUGGAUGCUAGGAAUGGUUUGAGUGGAGAUAGAAGAAAUUUAUCUGUUAGCGGAGAUGGAAUAAAUGAGAAGAGAAAUGGUGGUGGAUACAUGAAGAAUGAAAGUAGAAGAAGGUCCCCUAACGUGGAUGCUAGGAAUGGUUUGAGUGGAGAUAGAAGAAAUUUCUCUGUUAGCAGAGAUGAAAGAAAUGAGAAGAGAAAUGGUGGUGGAUACAUGAAGAAUGAAAGUAGAAGAAGGUUCCCUAACGUGGAAGCUAGAAAUGGUUUGAGUGGUAUGGAUUCUGGUCAAAUUGUUGCUCUUGAUAGGAAACAGAGAGGGGUUACUGAGGUGAGGCACAGUGGCAGGGUCAGACAGAUUAAUAGGGAUGAUGGUAGUAUGCGGAAUUCAAGAAAAUUUGAUUCUGAACUUUAUGAUAUGAGUUUGCAACAAGAUGGGAGUUAUGGGUUCCGGGAAAAGAAUGGUGAAUUUUGAACUGUCUAUAGAGUUUUAGCAAUCCAUUUGGUGGUUGGACUCAACUGUAAAGGUAUAAGCACUUGUUGCACUUAGAAACUUCAAAAUGAGAAAGAAGUGAUGUUCACCUUGCUUUUGGCUUAUUAUUUAAGUGGAAGUUUUGACAACUUAAUGUCUCACAUAAAGCAUUGAGGUGGAUGAGCCAGCAAAAAGGGAAUAUGAUGAGAAUUUUUUUGAUGCGGAAACUGGAAAGUGGAAACCUAUGACAUAGUUGACAAUUGACGCCUUUGCCUAUCUGUUAAUAGAGAUCAGGUCUGAAUGGGUUGAACAAGAUUCUCGGGCACUCUAGACAAGACAAAGGAAAUGGCAACACCUCUUCUAGUGGAGAGAAACCUUAUAUCCUCUGAUGAUGAAGACGGCUGGUAUGGUAUUGGCAUGAUUUCUCUUAUUGAAUGGAACCACAUUUUCUUUGAAAUUGACGUACUGGUUCGCUACUGUUAGUAUCUGUUUCUCUCCCUUGCUGGUUUACCGACAAGUCGCACUCUAUCACGUGAUUUCUGAAGGAAGAUGGAAUUUUUUGUGGGCUGUACUUCUUCAUACCUUAUGCAUUACAUGGACCAAUUAUGUAAGACUUCACCUGGAAUAUGAUCUUAUCAAAAUGGUUCCAUUGUAGUAUUG